AUGGCAACAUCUACUUCUCUAUCCUAUGAUGAAUAUGGUACGAAUAUUGAUGAUCAACAGCUUGAAAUUUUCUGUAUUAUCUGGCUUGAUGAUAAUACACAAGCUAGUGAUGAUCGAGAUACUGAACAACGUCUACGUUCUAUUAUUAAUCGACUAAAGAGAUUUAAAGAAAUACAACAAUGUGAACAAUAUAUAAAUGAACGAUCUCCAGAAGAUCGACUAAUAUUGAUUGUUAGUGGUCGACUAGGACGAGAACUUGUUCCUUCCAUUCAUGCAUCUCGAAAGGUUAUAUCAAUUUAUGUAUACUGUAUGGAUGAGACAGCACACAAAGAAUGGUCUAAAAAUUAUGUAAAAAUCAAAGCAGUUGUCACUGAACUUAAUAUACUUGUUGCUCGAAUUGAAGCUGAUCAUAAAAUUCAAAAAAUCAUCGAACAACCGUUUUCAAUUAAUUUUUUUACUGCUGGUAAAUCAACAGAUGAUGUCAAUGGUAAAUUUGUUUUUUCUCAAGUUCUUAUCGAUUGUCUUCUACGACUCAAGCCCAAUGAAGCAGAUAAAAAAGAACUUAUUGAACUUUUUGAAAAAGCAUAUGAAGAUAAUCGUUUUGAAUUGAGCAAUAUUCGUGAUUUUAGAAAAAAUUAUUUGCCUGAGAAUGCCAUACGGUGGUAUACGCGAGAUUCAUUUUUCUACAAGACUCUUAAUGCUGUUCUACGUUCAGAAAAUAUUCAUAUGAUAUUUUUAUUCCGUUCAUAUAUAUCUGACAUUCAACAGCAAUUGAAAAUUCAUCAGGCUAAAGAGCCUUUACGUGUCUACCGAGGACAAAUGAUAUCUGAUGAAGAAUUGAAAACUUUGAAGAAUUCUUGUGGAAAAUUCAUUUCUAUCAAUUCAUUCUUUUCUACUAGUAUCGAUAAGAAUCAAGCACGUUCUUUUCUCGAUAGACCUGAUAUUGUGGACAAGUUAGAAAAGGUACUGUUCGAAAUUGUUGCCAAUCCUAACGAAGCCACUAUGAAGCCAUUUUCCGAUAUUAGUUCACUCAGUGAAUUUUCAGGCGAGUCAGAAAUACUUUUUAUGAUUGGUUCAAUUUUUCGCUUAAAUAGUGUCGGGCGUAGCACAGACGAUCAAGUAUGGGAAAUUCAGAUGGCUCUAUGUAGCGAAAAUGAGCACGAUAUAAACGAUGUUCUUUGGUACAUGCAACAACAAUUGGGCACGGGAGAUACAAACUUGCAUGUCUUAGGAAAGCUAUUAUGGAACAUGGGACAAUUAGAUUUGGCAGAAAAAUACUUUAUCCGUUUAUUGGAACAACUUUCACCAGAUGAUCGUUUCCGUGGUAAUCUAUAUGAAGAUCUUGCUAAUCUCGCGGCCCAAACAAAAGAUUACAAUAAAAGUGUUCGAUGGCGUAAGAAAGCUCUCAAAUUCAAAGAAGAACAUCCAUCAGAAUCAAGUAUAAGUACUAGUA